AUCAUUUUCAAGAAUACAAGAAUUACAAAAUCCAAUAUCAUGCUUGCUGUCCGGAGCUUUCAGAGGCUAGCAGGCUCUCCUGCAGUCUCCCAGAUGGUACGCCACAGGAUCACGCGAGGCUUGGCAGACGAGGCUAAACAAGCUACAGAGAAGAUAGUGGUGGAGACUCCUAAAGGUGUAGGUCUUCAGGAAGCAGGACAGAAGUCUAUCCCUAAGCCUGGAGAAUAUUCCAUUGUCUACACAGUCGGUGGGGAGAAGCACAAAAUAGAUAUAGUGGUUCGGCAGGGAAGGUGGCAUCGCAGGUUUAGGCGACUGGCAAUCCUUGCUGCCGGCAUUGCUGUGGUGGGAGGGGCAUGCAGGAUGAUGAGUGCCAGAUGGGAAAAAAAGAUACGGGAGGGUGGGUAG